GUUAACAAUUACUGGAUUGUGAUGUUUUAAAAGUUCCAAUACUCAAUUGUUGCAUUUUAAAGUUCGGGGAGGAAAGUGGCACUAAGCCCACCGAUGGUACGUUUCUGAAUCAUUUGGCGAGUGUCGACCGUUUGGUGUUUCCAUGGCGAAGACGCCGAAGAGGACCCGAGAACCAUAUCCAUGGUCUUCUUCCAAACGGACCCGAUCAUCUUCAUCAGUUUCUUCAACUUCUCGUUGGAAUUAUGAUGUGUUCCUGAGUUUCAGAGGUGAAGACACUCGCAAGAACUUCACCGAUCAUCUCUACACAGCUUUAGUCCAGAAAGGGGUUUACACUUUUAGGGACGAUGAGGAGCUAAGAAAAGGGGAAGAAAUCUCGUCAGAACUAUUGAAAGCAAUCGAAGAAUCAAGGAUUUCAAUUAUCGUUUUCUCGAGGAACUACGCUUCCUCGAGUUGGUGCCUGGAUGAACUGGUGAGAAUCUUGGAGUGCCGUAGAAAGAUAGAUCAGAAGGUUCUGCCUGUUUUCUUUGACGUUGAUCCUUCGGAUGUUCGGAAGCAGACUGGGGAUUUUGGAAAAGGCUUUACCAAACUUAAAGAGCGAUUCACAUUGGAGACGAUGAAGGUGCUGAGGUGGGAGACAAGCCUCCAAGAAGCUGCCAAUUUGUCCGGUUGGGACUUACGGAAUGUUGCCAAUGGACAUCAGGCCAAAUUUAUUCAAGAAAUUGUUGAAGAAGUUAUGAUGAAAUUGAAUAAAACGUUCUUAGAUGUUGCUAAUUACCCGGUUGGAUUAGAUUCACGUGUAGAUGAUUUGUUGGCACUAUUAGAUGUUGGAUCAGACAAUGUUUGUAUUAUAGGAAUUUGGGGAAUAGGUGGAAUAGGUAAGACAACCUUAGCCAAGGCUGUCUAUAAUCAAAUCUUUCACAGUUUCAAAGAUAGCAGUUUUCUUGCAGAUGUUAGAGAAGUUUCAAAACAACAUAAAGGUCUGAUUCAGCUGCAAAAACAGCUUCUUUCAGAUAUCCUAAUGAAAAAAGACAUAGAGGUCAGAGACAUCCCUAGCGGAAUUAAAUUAAUUAGAGACAGACUAUUCUCAAGAAAGAUACUUCUUGUUCUUGAUGAUGUGGAUCAUUCAGACCAAUUAGAUGCAUUAGCUAGAGAACAUAGCUGGUUUGGUGCGGGAAGUAGAAUUAUCAUAACAACUAGAGAUGAACAUUUGCUGAAUUUGCUUCAAGUGGAUGAAAAAUACAAGGUUAAGGAAUUGUCUCUUGUUGAAUCUACUGAGCUCUUUAGUCACCAUGCCUUUGGAAAAGACCAUCCCAAAGAAGAUUAUCUGGAGCUCUCAAGCCAUGUGGUGCAUUAUGUUGGAGGGCUUCCUUUAGCACUUAAGGUUUGGGGUUCUUUUCUGUUCGACAAAGAAAAGGAUGAAUGGGAAAGUGCAUUGGAGAAGCUUAAAAAGAUUCCUAAGGAUGAAGUUCAGAAGAAACUGAAAAUCAGUUUUGAUGCACUAGAUGAAGAAGAGAAAAGUAUCUUCCUUGAUAUUGCAUGCUUUUUUAUUGGAAUGAAUAAAGAUUAUGCAAUUAGAAUACUAGACGGUUGUGGUUAUUCCACAAAUAUAGGAAUUGGUGUUCUUAUUCGUAAGUCCCUCCUAACAGUUGAAGUAAACAAGCUGGGAAUGCAUGAUCUAAUUCGAGAUAUGGGGAGAGAGAUUGUUCGUCAGGAAUCCCCAGAGAAGCCUGGAAAUCGCAGCAGAUUGUGGGAUCAUGAGGAUAUCCAUCAAGUCUUACUGAAACACAGUGGAACAGAAGCAGUGAAAGGCCUAGUCCUGUCGAGGUUAUUUGAUGAACAGUUCAGUACUAGAACAUUUGCAGAGAUGAAAGAACUAAAACUGCUCCAACUUAAUUAUAUAUGCCUUAAGGGGACAUAUCAAUAUCUUUCUAGAGAUUUAAGAUGGCUCUGUUGGCAUGGGUUCCCUCUAAAAUAUAUACCAAGUGAUCUUCAUUUGGAGAGGCUUGUUGUUCUUGAUAUACAGUACAGUAAACUGAAGGAAAUAAAGGUUCAUCUGAAAAAUUUGAAAAUCUUUAAUCUUAGCCAUUCUCAAUUCUUAACCCAAACACCAAACUUCUUAGGUUGCCCAAAUCUAGAGAUUUUGAUCCUUGAAAAUUGUACAAGGUUGUUUGAAGUUCAUCAUUCCAUUGGAAAUCUCAGUAAACUUGUUUAUUUGAAUCUGAAAGACUGCAAAAACCUUAGGAAUCUUCCUAGCAGCCUUUGUAGAUUAGCAUCUCUUAAAAGCCUCAUUCUGUCUGGUUGCCCAAAUCUUUGCAAAUUGCCAUCUGAAUCUUGGCAGUCAUCAUUAUGGUCUUGGGUUUUACGGAGAGAAGGUCCCCUUACUCAGUUACCAAUUCCAUUCUCCUAUUUAUUCUCCUUAGAAAGUCUAGAUCUCAGAGACUGCAAUUUGUUAGAAGGCGCAAUUCCAAGUGAUCUUAGGAGCUUAUCAUCAUUGAAAAUACUGGACUUAAGGCAGAAUAACUUGAGCAACCUACCAGCCAGCAUAAGUCACCUUUCUCAACUCUGUGAGAUUAGAUUGAAUAAUUGCUUUAGACUUGAAUCAAUCACAGAGCUUCCAUCAUGUUUAAAACGGUUAGAAGCAGAUCAUUGCAUUUCGUUGGAGAGAAUAACAAACAUCGGAAGUUUGACCUCAUUGGAGUAUUUAAGUUUAGACAACACCAACUUUUGCAACCUACCUGAUGACAUAAUUCAACUUCCUAAUCUCAAAUUGCUUCAAUUACGAGGAUGCUCAAGGCUUCAAACACUUGCUCAGCUUCCAUCAUCUGUACAUACCUUGUACCUGACGAAGUGCCCUGCAUUAGAAAGCUUGAAUAUAUCGGGCUCAGAGGGCAUACAAUUUUUUCAUCUUAUGAAUUGUAAUAAACUAGUUCAGGUUCGGAUUCCAAGGAGGUUGAAAUCUGAGGGGAAACUUGUCAUGAGUGGUUGCAACAAUUUGAUGCAUUCUUGUAGGAAGAAUCUUUUGAAUCUUCUCCAGGAAACAUUUACAACCAAUAGGUUUGACAUAUUUCUUCCUGGGAGUGAGAUUCCAGAUUGGUUCAGCUACCAAAAUAUGGGGCCUAAAGUAUCCUUUGAAGUGCCAUCGUUUGUGGGUCGUAAGAUUCAAGGGCUAUUCUUGUGUGCUGUAUUUUCCCCAGGACCACCACCUUCAGCUAGCAUUGCUACUCACGUCAUGCUUGUUAAUAAAACCAAAGGUUUUAACUGGCUUGAAACUCCAGGAAUUUAUUCUUCAUCAAGAGACCACAUGUGGGUGUUCUCAAUGCCACAUAUUGCAAGUGCAGUUUCUAAAAGUGGAAAAUGGUUGGAAGGUGGGGACCAAGUGGAGCUUACAAUAGGAGGUGCGAAAAGGUGCGGGAUCCAUCUGACUUGCGUGCCUGACGAUAUGAUUCCCAGACCCAGUCCCAAUCUGUCCACCAUCAGUGGAGAUGAAUCAGAUCCUGUUUCCUAAAAGAAUUGAUAACCGAGAGGGCAGCAUACGUCACAAUGUCAUAAUAUAUGUACAUAUAUAUAUAUAUGUAUGCAGAAAAUUUGUAUAUAUCAAUUAAGAGUUUGAUUAUGCUGGAAAUACAUAAUACCAAAAAAACUUGGGGUCCGUUUGGUCUGCAGAUAGGAUCGGAAUCGGAAUCACUUAUUAUUGAUAUCAAUCAGGAAUUGGAAUUGGAUUCCAAUUUUUGUUGUUUGGUUCAUUUGGAGUUGGAAUUGAAAUCAAUUGAAAAUUUUGAAUUUUAUAUUACUAUAUUUAUUACUAGUAGGACCCACUUAUUAUUGA